AUGGCGUAUUUUUUGUUAACCCUAGCACUACUAAUCUCAUUGAUUCAAGUAGCAGAACCAGCAGUAAUUCAAUCAGAACUAGUAACAAAAGCGAUCAGAAUUCUUUCGGAUUCAGGCUACGAAUCCAUGUCAUUAACACUUGACCUCUAUCAUAUCUCACCAUUGAAAUACUCAAUUCAAACCCUAAAAUCACUUCCUUAUGGUACUAGAAUUCCUACUUUGUUCCCAAAUCAGAGUUUGGUGGUUUCUAGUUUUGAGAAUGGAGGCAAAAUUUCAGUAAACGGUGUUAGAAUCAAUGAAUCUGCUAUUAUAGAUUAUGGAUCUUUGUCGAUUUUCGCUACUGAUGGUUUCUUUGAUCCAUUUUAUCAAACUACUCAUGGAUGUCGGUUCUAUCCUGACGAUGAUUAUUCUGAAUUUGAUACUGAAAUUGCUAAUGCUUCAAAGUUUCUGUUAUCAAGAGGUUAUUUUAUAAUGUCUUCGACUCUUGAUCUUCAAUUACGCGGAUUAGUGAAAGAAACUACAGAUCUGACGAUCUUUGCUGUUGCUGAUUCAGUUUUGACGCCGUAUUACAUGAAUUUGAGUCUUGGAUCUGUAUUUCAUCGUCAUUUUCUCCCUUGUAAACUUACUGAGAAUGAUCUUUGGGGUCUUGAAGACGGAACGACUUUACGGACACUGGAUAAAGAUUUUCCAAUCCAAGUUUCGAAAUCUGGAGAUCUACUGUUAUUGAAUGAUGUUCCUAUUGAAGUUUUUGUUUCAAAUAUGUACUUGAGUUAUUCGAUAGUUGUUCAUGGUCUUGAUCAGAUAGUUACUUCACUGGAUGAACAACGCCAAAUUGGAGAGGCUCUCUCAAUUGGAGAUGAUGAUCGCAAUAUUGAUUACGACGAGUUUUGGGGAGUUAAAGAUUGA